AUGAAGGACACGAAAGUGGGAAUCAAUCUACUGAAGUUGCCAGACAAAAUAAUGGCAAUCAUAGUUGCCAACACUGAACCAGUCACUCAAAAGCAUUUUGAGGAACAACUUCCCGAUGUACCCGUUACUGAACUUCUCCCUGUUCUUAAUACCAUGCAGAAGAAGGGGCAGCUAGAAGUUUUGGUAAACGCCGACCGAACACUUUCCUGGCAAUUGCGAACGAUUAAGAACAUUGAAAAAAUUAAAUCCCUAACGGAUCUUGAUGAAAAGCUUGUCUACAAUUGCAUUCGCAAAAAUGCCAAUGAUGGUGCCACUGUGCGGACCAUUGCUGUAGAUACCAAGAUCCAGCAAACAAAACUGCCGAAAAUACUCAAGUCACUCAUAGCGCGAAAGAUGAUUAAGGAAUUACCGGUGAUGGCUGGCAAUAAACAAAAGAUUUACCUACUCUAUGAACUCGAACCCAGUAGAACACUAGCUGCUAAUACUCUGUUUGCUGGAGAAUCUGGAGUUGAUGUCGAAUUUGUGUCUAUGUUGAGGACGGCUUGUUUGAAGUAUAUCGGCGACAAGGCCAACACUGCAUCAAAGAUCACUGAUCCCUUUAAGAGAAGAAAUGCAUCCUACGUGACCGUUGAGGAGAUUCAUAACUUCAUCAUCAGCACCAAACUAUGCACAGUGCCUCUGCUGCCAGCAGACAUAAAGAUCGUCCUGGACGCUCUUUACUUUGGGGGUGAAUUGGAGCGAAAGCAGUCUGCUGUAGCCACCACAGUUAUGGAAGCUAUUGCUGAAAAGGGUGAUGAUUGCGAGGACGACGAUCAUGAUGAUACGGAAGUGCAACCUAAGAGAAUGCGGAUUGACGACGUUCGAAACUGUAAAUACCGACUUGCUCCUAAGGCCUCUGAGUUUGCUUGUCUUGCUCGAAUCCCCUGCAUAUUCGCUUUGAACAAAAAGCGCAGUCGAGCUGCAGACAUGAUUUGCCCCCCUGAUGACCCAAUCUACAAGGCCUUUCUGGAAACAGUUGGACCCUCCUCCUCAAGUGUACAUAUUGCCGAAAAAUAA